CAACCCUAAAUAUUAUUGAAUUCAGACAGGCGAUCAUCUUCCUUGCUGCCAUGAGCAAGGGACAAGAGCUUAUGCGGCCUGCGGAGCCGCCGGACCCUUCCUCUCCUCCUAUCGGCACCACUGGAGCUGCUGGCAACGUCGCUACUGCAGUAGAGCAAAGUUUACAUCGCGAUAUCGGUGCACUUGCUUCAUCAACGCCCACACCCUGCACAGCCGCUGAAGUACCCCAGGAACUUUGGGACACAAUCAUCGACUAUUUACACGACGAUCACACCACGCUACUCGUGUGCUGCCGCGUACGCAAGUCUUGGCUUCCCUCGAGUAGACUCCACCUCGAGGAUCACCUUCGCUUUCGAGUUCCAUUCCUCCCACCUGCGGCAGAGAGCUUAUCUACCGAGGAACAGGACGAUACGGACAUACUUGCACGAAUCUCCCAACCAUAUCGGAUCCGCUCACUUACGAUCAAAUGGGCCCCCCGCGAGCGAUAUAUUUCACAAAGUUCUUCACGAUACGACGUACGCAUUCACGAUAGCUUGUCUUUUGCCGUGUCAGCUCUGCCGAACCUUGUUAGCCUAUCGUUAAUCGGUCUGCGAUUGCGGUAUUCAGGGCAUUCUUUCGAGGGCGGGAGCAUCCCAUAUUUUCUCCAAGCGGCCUUGCAGCUACCGCGCUUGCGCGAAGUCACUUUGGUUGGAGCGAUAUUAGUGGACGGCUCCAGUAUACCUCGUGUAUCCUCUGGCGCUGCAAUCGCUUCGUCCCUAGAGAAACUCAGUAUCAGAGAGACCGUCAUGGAUAGGUUCACGCUUCCGUGGCUGGAUUCUCUCUUACGAAGAACGAAAAAUCCACGUAGUGCCUCUACUCCUCUUCGCUAUCUUGACAUCCCUAUUGUCUCUUCCUUCGACACCGAUGUCACCCGGUAUACCACGCUUCUGUCGUGCUUGGGGCCCAAUCUCCACCAUCUCGGCCUUCAGUUCAGCCCUGUUCGAAGCCUUUUUGGAACUGGGGAAACAGGGAAGAGCAUAUCGUCCUCCACAGGUUUGCCAUAGCGCUUCUUC